AUGCCUAUACGUGAUGCUGUGAGAACGAGUGUUCUGUCAAAGAAGUGGACAUUGUACUACUCAACCAUUCCCGAGUUGGAAUUUGAUGACAAAUUCUCCAAAGAACUUCAAAACUUUGCCAUUUCCCAGAAGAAACUUCGUAUAUUAUCUGAAGUUGAGCUCGAGCACAAGUACCAAUUGGAUGAAAUUGUCACUAGAUUUCUUAUGUUUCAUCCUGGUCGAAUAGAGAAAUUUAAAGUAUUUGUUCCAAAUUUCAAAUCAACAAGGGCUCCUAAUGUUAACAAAUGGAUUCGAAAAUUAUCUCAGAAAAACGUCAAGAAAUUAGCCUUAGAAUAUAAGAAAGACAUUGUGAGUCAUAAGUUACCUUCGUAUUGCUUUUCUUGUUUGGACUUGACAUAUUUGAAGCUCCGUAAUCUUCAUUUAUUGCAUCAUCCACCAACGUUUAAAGGCUUCCUAUAUCUUGACCAAUUAGAGCUUAUUGGCGUUCACUUUGUCAACGACUAUUUUGAAUCUUUUCUCUCCAGCUGCCCUGUUCUUCAGAAGCUAGUGUUGUAUGGAUGUUCUGGUGUUCAUCAUUUUAAUAUAAGUGGUUCUAAACUCCAACGGUUGUUCAUCAAGGUCGAUGAUGAUUUUCAAUCAAUUUCCUUAGAAAACGUUCCUAACUUGACUGAAGUUUCUAUGACGUUGGACAAAGUUGUACUAGGCCUGGAAAACAAUCCUAAAUUCGAUUUGGUUUUGGAUAGCUUGCCUAGCUUAGAAAUACUUCGUCUAAAUGGCAAGUUUCUACAGCUCCUAGCUGAAACUCUAGUUCCGCCUAUUCUAUCAACAUCGCUGGACUCUCUAAAGAUUAUUGAACUCAAAGGUGUAAACUUUAUGAACUUUGAUGAGAUCUCUUUUGUUGUAUUCUUGAUUAGAAUUGCUCCGAAUUUGCAAGAACUUCAUAUUGAGGCUUCUACCGUCGAGCUAAACCAAGAGCAAGUCUCAGGUUAUCUAAAACGCCUGCAUUGCACAAUGGGCAAACUUCGUCUGAUCAAGUUAACUAAUAUCUCGAGUUUUGUUCCUGAGUUUGAGUUUAUACAAUUCCUUCUCUUUAGCUCGCCAUCACUCGUGACAAUGAGCAUUGUCGAGCAUCCAGAGCUUGAACCGGUUGAAGCAUUGAGAAUUACUAAGAGGCUACUCCAGCUUCGGCUAUCAUCAGCAAUUUUAAUUGGUGAUACAAUGUUUCACAAACAUGCUCGUCAAAAUGUACCUCUGGAUGUACUUAGUAGCCUUCCUGACAACGUAAUCGAUGAGAUUCUUAUGUGUUUGCCUUUACGAGAAGCUGUUAGGACAAGCAUCUUAUCAACGAAAUGGAGAUAUAAAUGGUGCAAAAUACCUGAUUUGAAACUCAACUAUAAACUUUGGGAGGACAAGAUAACUGUUAUAACUAACUUUACUAACAUUAUCUAUCAUCUUAUGACUUCUCAUGAUGGACCAAGUUCUAAGUUUAUCCUCUUGAUUCGCGGACUUGAAGAUUGUCCUGUGCAGAGGCGUAUCCAGGAUUUCGGCUAG